GAGCAAGUUAGAAAUCGUCGGAUUUGAGUCCGCGCAUGCGCGCUGCGUCAGUCUUCUCGUCUCCAGCUUUUGUGCAGGAGGGCUGCGUGGAGCCCGUGUUCGUCUAGUUUUCCGAGUCUCGUGAGCGUAACUUGGGAAAAUGUCUACCAGUGCACCGGCCCCGAAAAAGGCGAAGAAGGUGGAAGGAUCCGCGGCAUCGGGCGACGGCGACGAGAGCAGGGACUACGACGCCGAAACGCAGAAGGCGCUGGAGGAGAUAGACGCCUGUCAGAACGAGAUCGACGCACUCAACGAGAAGGCCAGCGAGGAAAUCCUCAAGGUGGAACAGAAGUACAACAAGUUGAGGAAACCCUUCUUCGAGAAGAGGAAUGAUUUAAUCAAAAAGAUUCCCAACUUCUGGGUGACAGCGUUUGUGAACCACCCCCAGAUCUCGGCCAUUCUGGACGAGGAGGAAGAGGAGAGCUUACACUUCCUCUCCAAGCUGGAGGUGGAGGAAUUUGAGGACAUCAAGUCUGGCUACAGGAUCAAGUUCUACUUUGACGACAACCCUUACUUCGAGAAUGACGUGCUCAUCAAGGAGUUCCAUCUCGGCUCCUCCGGGGACCCGGCCUCCCAGUCUACACCCAUCAAGUGGAAGGAGGACAUGGACCUGACAAAGCGGCACAAGCAGCGGCAGUCGCAGAUGAAGAGCAGCCGCAAGAGGGCCCACGAGCAGCCCAGGACCUUCUUCAACUGGUUCACAGACCACGGGGACGCCUCCGCCGACGACAUCGCCGAGGUGAUCAAGGACGACAUGUGGCCCAACCCCCUGCAGUACUUCUUGGUGCCAGACAUCGAGGUGGAAAAUGGGCUCGAGGGGGAUGAGGACGAAAGUGACGAGGAGGAGGGUGGUGAUGCAGUGGUGGUGGUGGAGGAGGAGGGAGAGGGCGACGAGGACGACGAAGACGACGAGGGAGAGGAUGAGGGAGGGGACCUUGAAGGGGAGGGCGGAGACGGGGACGACUGAGCGGCGGGCUGCCCACCUCCACGUCCCAUUGGGCAUCCACCCCUCUUCAUCCACCGGGCGCCAGUCAUUCAUCUCUUCACCCCGAGACAGGGCACACCCUCUCAGACACACACACAGACACGUGGCAGGCAGACAGACAGACACUUUGUGAAGAACACGGGUGACUUGUGCGAGACCAUCCCAUUCAAACCCCCCCACUUUUUUUUUUUGCGUGUUAAUCUCCCUUUCUCCAGACCAGAUCACCUUUCUUUCAAUCUGCUUUUGUACCUGUUCCCUCUAUUGUUUUUUUUUUUUUUUUAAUAUCAUUGACACCAUUAGUGGCAGAGCCAACUUGUCGUUUUGUUGAAAGUUGCUUUCUGUGCGUAUCCGAGGAUUUCAGUUUUUUUUAAUAUAUAUAAUGAUUAAUGCUUGUGUAUAGAAACUGGGGUGGCUGACGACCUGAUGAGCGGCAUUCUUUUGUCCCCGACCGCGGUGAUCAGACACAUCUCUGGUGAUUUGCUGUUUUUGUUCAUCUCGUUCAGCUUCCCUCCCCCCCCCCCCCUCCUCCUCAUACUUAGCGAAAUUUUCCUCUCUUUUCGACGACGAAAGAUGUCUCCAACUGACCUGGUUUGAGUGCGCCUGGUGAAUUUUGUGUACAGCGUCGGGAGGUUGCUUGUUUCAUUAAAAUGUUUAUUAUGCAUUGCAUGCAUUCUUUCCAGCACCCCUCUGGUGCACUUUGAUUUCUAAGCUCGUUUCCUACCACCGUCUUUUUGUACCCGUGCGAAUUGAGUUCAUUAAGCAGGAAAGUUUUUUUUUUCAUCCUUUUUAUUAUUUGCCACGUAAACAUUUUGCAACAAGAUGAGUCUAGUUAUACCACCUUGGGGUCAUAUGGCAGUUGGCAUGCAGUUUUGUUUUGUUUUUUCAUGUGUGUGAGAGGCAUUGGUUCCCUUCGUCUGCGAUUCUCUCCUGGAGCAAGUACCAUUCAGUGCACCAUCCACCCACCAGUGUGUUUUGUGACCUUGUGACGUUGCACUUUUGUUCCAGGUGCCAGCUUGAGGGUAGGAUCUUUUUUUUUUAUGUCACUUGUAAAGUUGUUUGAAAAGAAAUGGCAUUUUUUUCUUCUCACAUGUGAAUUUUUAUAUAUUGGUGUAACGGUCAUUAGUAUAAAAAUAAAAGUUCUCCAUCCUCAA